UGGGCGGCGGCAACAUGAGGGUCGAACAUGAUUUCAAUGACGUUCCCUUUGGGACCUACUUGUCUAUGACCACGGAUGGCUGCUGGCUUGGAUUUGUCAAAGAUGGCCAGUAGGGCAUCUUCCAUGGUUUCUUGAGUGGCAGGGAUGUGGGAGAGGUCAAAGACCACUGCUCCGGGAUUGAUGCUUCAACACAAAUUUUCCUGUGCUGUCGUUGUUAGCGGGCUGUGAGGCGAUUUGAACAGAUUCUUAGUAACGGAUAAGGCAUAUGUGCCGAUGGUUGGGUUUCUAACGGGAGAGGUGUUUGCUGUCGGUAGCUGGGGUUGUCAGGCCCUCCAAGAUGGGUCUGACUUAUCGCAUGUAUACUUUUGGAAGUGCUCAUGGAAGAAAGCUAACAUGAUUUCAGUAGCAUUCCCUUGUGGGCCAAUUGUCUGUGUCCACGGAUGGCUGCUGGGGAGAUUUUAUCGAAGAUUGCCAGUAAGGCAUCUUCCAUGGUUUCUUGAGUGGCAGGGAUGUGGGAGAGGUCAAAGAUAACUGCUCCGGGGUUGAUGCUUCGAAACAAUUUUCCUGUGUUGGUGAGGUGUUUGUUAGCGGGUUGUGGGGCGAUUUAACAACAUUUUUGGUAACAGAUGAGGCAUGUAUGCCGAUGGAUUCCUAACGAGAGGGUGUUUGGUGUCGGUAACUGGCGUUGUCUGGUUUUCCAAGUAACUUUUUUGUUUGGGCCUGCGUCAUGUAUUAUUUACUUUUUAUUUAAUGUGAAG